CGAAAGUAAAUAUGAGCGACCGAGAAAAAAAUACUUGCGUGCCAGACUUUUCCCAUCGGUUUUUAUGAAGUGCUUCUGUCAACGCGACAAAUGGUUGUAAACAGUGGAGCAGAAAUGGACCCGCGGAUCUGAUUGGUCCACAUCGCCAUUUACAGAUGGAUCUCCCUCAAGAGGGUGAGGAUGCUGUUGGUGGAAAUCAGACAGGCAGAGCAGCAUGUGUUGUGUCCAGCCACGAGUCCCUGAAGGAUGAGGAGUCCGUUACUGAUGGACAUCAGGGGGUCAGCAAAGGACAAGGGCUAUGCAGUGUUAGACCGCAGACACACAGACCAGUGUCUCCAGUGCCCAGCUGUGUGUCUCUGAAGAGUGACUGGUCCAUGGGGGAGCCUCUUCAGUUCAGAAGUGAUCCACCACAGUCAGACUCAAAACCGCAGACACACAGACCAGUGUCUCCAGUGCCCAGCUGUGUGUCUCUGAAGAGUGACUGGUCCAUGGGGGAGCCUCUUCAGUUCAGAAGUGAUCCACCACAGUCAGACUCAAAACCGCAGACACACAGACCAGUGUCUCCAGUGCCCAGCUGUGUGUCUCUGAAGAGUGACUGGUCCAUGGGGGAGCCUCUUCAAUUCAGAAGUGAUCCACCACAGUUGGACUCAAAACCACAGACACACAGACCAGUGUCUCCAGUGCCCAGCUGUGUGUCUCUGAAGAGUGACUGGUCCAUGGUGGAGCCUCUUCAAUUCAGAAGUGAUCCACCACAGUUGGACUCAAAACCACAGACAUACAGACCAGUGUCUCCAGUGCCCAGCUGUGUGUCUCUGAAGAGUGACUGGUCCAUGGGGGAGCCUCUUCAGUUCAGAAGUGAUCCACCACAGUCAGACUCAAAACCACAGACACACAGACCAGUGUCUCCAGCGCCCAGCUGUGUGUCCAUGAAGAGUGACUGGUCCAUGGGGGAGCCUCUUCAAUUCAGAAGUGAUCCACCACAGUCAGACUCAAAUGGGUUUAGGAAUUCCCUGACCCAGGAUCAGUCCAGGUGUGGAGUGUGUGAGCAGCUACUGAGGGACCCAGUCAUCACCAGCUGUGGACACCGUUUCUGCAGGCAGUGCAUCAGCAGCUACUGGAGCAAGUCUGGUCCAUCAGGAGACUACAGCUGCCCCCAGUGCAGAAAGAGACCCAGAACACACCCACUUCUAAACCCUCCAAUCAAAAGGGCCAAAAUAACAGACAAUCAUGUCCUGAACGAAAUACUAAUGACCCAUAAAGCCAGUAUGAAGAGGAGGUUUGAGAGUAUAUGUGAAGGCAUCAUAAGAUCAGGGACUCAAACACUCCUGAACAAGAUCUAUACCGAGCUCUACAUCACAGAGGGAGAGAGUGAAGGGGUGAAUAGUGAACAUGAAGUUUGGCAGGUAGAGUCAGCAUCCAGGCCACAAACUACAGACGACACAGCAAUCAACUGCAAUGACAUCUUCAAGCCCUUACCUGGAGAGGAGAGACACAUCAGAACGGUCAUGACCAAGGGCAUUGCUGGCAUUGGAAAAACUGUGUCUGUUCAGAAGUUCAUUCUUGACUGGGCAGAGGAGAGAGCUAACCACAAUAUAGAUUUUAUGUUUGUGCUUCCGUUCCGUGAACUGAAUUUGGUCAAACAUGAUCAGUACAGUCUUCACAGGCUCCUGCUUGACUUCCACCCUGAGCUUAGGGAGCUAGAGGAUGGUGAAUACAAAGACUGCCAAAUUGUGCUCAUCUUCGAUGGUCUGGAUGAGAGUCGACUUCCUCUGAAUUUCCAAGAGAACCAGAAGUUGUCUGAUGUAACACAAACAUCAUCAGUGGAUGUGCUGAUGACGAGCCUCAUUCAGGGAACUCUGCUUUCCUCUGCUCUCCUCUGGAUAACCUCCCGACCAGCAGCUGCCAGUCAGAUCCCUUCUCAGUGCAUCUGUCAGGUGACAGAAGUACGAGGGUUCAAUGACCCACAGAAGGAAGAGUACUUCAGGAAGAGGAUCACUGACCACAAUCAAGCCAACAGAAUCAUCUCACAGAUUAAGGCUGCCAGGAGUCUCCACAUCAUGUGCCACAUGCCAGUCUUCUGUUGGAUCUCAGCCACUGUCCUUCAGCAGGUACUGGAACAGGAUGAUGGGAAGGAAGCCCCCAAAACUCUGACGGAGAUGUUUAUACACUUCCUGCUCAUCCAGACCACCAGGAAGAACCAGAAGUAUCAAAAGGAAAGUGAGGCAGAUAGACAGAGGCUCCUGGAAUUGCAUAAGGGUGUCAUAUUGAAACUAGCAGAGCUGGCUUUCAAACAUUUGGAGUAUGGCAAUCUCAUGUUCUAUGAGGAAGACCUGCGAGAGUGUGGUAUUGAUGUCAGUGAAGCCUCAUUGUACUCUGGCAUGUGUACUGAGAUCUUCAGGGAGGAAUGUGUGUUUCAACACAAAAAGGUGUACUGCUUUGUGCAUCUUAGCAUCCAGGAGUUUCUUGCAGCACUGCAUGUGUUUGUAUCUUAUCUGAAAAAGAACAUGUUAACCUUGGAAACAUUUCUAAAUAGAAUGCCUUUGGAAGAUGAGGGGGAGGGGGAGGAGGAGCAGGAGGAGGAGGAGGAGGUAAAGCAUGAUUUGGAAUUUUCUUUUCUUUUUGACUUGUAUUCCCUUCCACUGUUUGAUCUGUUGAAGGGAGCAGUGGAUAAAGCUUUGGAAAGUAAGACUGGACACCUGGACCUUUUCCUCCGCUUCCUUUCAGGCAUAUCAGUAGAGAGGAAUCAAACACUUUUAAAAGGCCUUCUGACAAACACACACAACAGCUCAGAAUGCAUCAACAAAACAUGUAAAUACAUUAAGGAACUCAAGAGGAAGGACCCAUCUCCCGAGAGAUACAUACAUCUUCUCCACUGCUUGUUUGAAAUGAAUGAUUAUUCCCUACAUGAAGAAGUUCAGAAAUAUCUCAAAUCUCAGGGUGGCUUCUCAGGUGAAUUAUCACCUGCCCACUGUUCAGCAGUGGCCCAAAUGCUUCUGAUGUCUGAGGAGGUGCUGGAUGUGUUUGAAUUGUGCAAAUACAAAACAUCAGAGGAGGGACAGAGGAGACUGCUGCCAGCUGUGAGAUGCUGUAGGAAGGCUGUACUUGCUGGCUGUAAGCUAACAGAGAAGUCCUGUGAGGUUGUGGCCUCAGCUCUGCAGUCUGCAAACUCCCCCUUACGAGAGCUGGACCUGAGUCAGAAUGACCUGCAGGAGUCAGAAGAAAAGCUGCUCUCUGCUCUACAGAGUCCAAACUGUAAACUGGAGACGCUGAGACUUGUUGGCUGUAAACUGAGGGGAAGAUUUCUGGCCUUGGCUCACCAGGGGGCAAACUCCCACCUAAGAGAGCUGGACAUGAGUGACAGUGAGCUUGAGGACCAUGGAGGAGAACUGCUCCAUCAGCCACUGAAUCAAGACUGUAAAGUGAGACUUGCCAGGUGUAAACUCAAACUCAGCUCCUCUGAGGUUGUGGUUUCAGUUCUGCAGUCAUACAUUUCUCAACUGAGUGAGUUGGACAUGAGUGGCUGUGAUCUACAAACAUCAGAAGAGAAGCAGCUCUCUGGUCUUAGACAUCCAAACUGCCACCUGGAGAAACUGAGACUUGUUGGCUGUAAACUAAAUGGACGAUUUUUGGCCUUUACUCUUCAGUGGGCAAACUCCCACCUAAGAGAGCUGGACAUCAGUGACAGUGAGCUUCAGGACUGUGUAGGAGAACUGCUCCAUCAACCACUGAAUCAAGACUGUAAAGUGAGACUCAUUAGCUGUAGACUCAAACUCAGCUCCUCUGAGAUUGUGGUCUCAGUUCUGCAGUCAUGUAUUUCUCAUCUGAGUGAGUUGGACAUGAGUGACUGUGAUCUGCAAACAUCAGAAGAGAAGCAGCUCUCUGGUCUUAGAAACCCAAACUGCCACCUGGAGAAACUGAGACUUGUUGGCUGUAAACUAAAUGGACGAUUUUUGGCCUCGACUCUUCAGUGGGCAAACUCCCACCUAAGAGAGCUGGACAUCAGUGACAGUGAGCUUCAGGACUGUGUAGGAGAACUGAUCCAUCAACCACUGAAUCAAGACUGUAAAGUGAGACUCAUCAGCCGUAAACUCAAACUCAGCUCCUCUGAGGUUGUGGUCUCAGUUCUGCAGUCAUGUAUUUCUCAACUGAGUGAGUUGGACAUGAGUGGCUGUGAUCUGCAAACAUCAGAAGAGAAGCUGCUCUCUGGUCUGAGAAACCCAAACUGCCAUCUGGAGAAACUGAGACUUGUUGGCUGUAAACUAAAUGGACGAUUUUUGGCCUCGACUCUUCAGUGGGCAAACUCCCACCUAAGAGAGCUGGACAUCAGUGACAGUGAGCUUCAGGACUGUGUAGGAGAACUGAUCCAUCAACCACUGAAUCAAGACUGUAAAGUGAGACUCAUCAGCCGUGAACUCAAAUACAGCUCCCCUGAGGUUGUAGUCUCAGUUCUGCAGUCAUAUAUUUCUCAAUUGAGUGAGUUGGACAUGAGUGGCUGUGAUCUGCAAACAUCAGAAGAGAAGCUGCUCUCUGGUCUUAGAAACCCAAACUGCCACCUGGAGAAACUGAGGCUCAGUAAGUGUGGAAUCUCAGAUGAAGGUUAUGUUUUACUGGCUCUCACUCUGAUGUCAAACCCUUCCUGUGUGAAAGACCUGGAUGUGAGCAACAAUCAUCCUGGAGAAUCAGCACAGAAGCUGUUAUCUGCUACACUGGAAGAUCCUCACCGCAAAGUUGAAGCAAUUCAGCUGAAACAGUGUCACCUCUCUAAAGCAAGCUGUGAAAUUAUGGCAUCAGUGCUGCAGAGGACACCUUCCCAUCUGAGAGAACUGGACAUGAGUGACAAUGACCUGCAGGAUGAAGGAGUGGAGCUGCUCUGUGUGGGACUAAGAGAACCGCAAUGCAAGCUGGAGACACUGAGACUUGCUGGUUGUAAGCUAACAGAGGAAUCCUGUAAGGCUGUAGCCUCUGCUUUGCAGUCCUCCAUCUCCCUAAAGGAACUGGACCUGAGUGAUAAUGACCUGAAGGAUUCUGGAGUUUGGCCUCUCUCUACAGGACUCAGUAACCCUCACUGUAAACUGCAGACUUUAAGACUUGCUUGUUGUAAGUUAACAGAGGAAUCCUGUAAGGCUGUAGCCUCUGCUUUGCAGUUCUCCAUCUCCCUAAAGGAACUGGACCUGAGUGAUAAUGACCUGAAGGAUUCUGGAGUUCAGCUUCUCUCUACAGGAGUCAGUAGCCCUCACUGUAAACUGCAGACUUUAAGACUUGCUGGUUGUAAGCUAACAGUGGAAUCCUGUAAGGCUGUAGCCUCUGCUUUGCAGUCCUCCAUCUGUCUAAAGGAACUGGACCUGAGUCACAAUGACCUGAAGGAUUCUGGAGUUCAGCUUCUCUCUACAGGACUCAGGAGCCCUCACUGUAAACUGCAGACUUUAAGGCUCAGUAAGUGUGGAAUCUCAGAUGAAGGUUAUGUUUUACUGGCUCUCACUCUGAUGUCAAACCCUUCCUGUGUGAAAGACCUGGAUGUGAGCGACAAUCAUCCAGGAGAAUCAGCACAGAAGCUGUUAUCUGCUACACUGGAAGAUCCUCACCGCAAAGUUGAAGCAAUUCAGCUGAAACAGUGUCACCUCUCUAAAGCAAGCUGUGAAAUGAUGGCAUCAGUGCUGCAGAGGACACCUUCCCAUCUGAGAGAACUGGACAUGAGUGACAAUGACCUGCAGGAUGAAGGAAUGGAGCUGCUCUGUGUGGGACUAAGAGAACCGCAAUGCAAGCUGGAGACACUAAGACUUGCUGGUUGUAAGCUAACAGAGAAAUCCUGUAAGGCUGUAGCCUCUGCUUUGCAGUCAUUGGUCUCUCUGACAGAACUGGACCUGAGUCACAAUGACCUGAAGGAGUCUGGAGUUCAGCUUCUCUCUAAAAGACUCAGUAGCCCUCACUGUAAACUGCAGACUUUAAGACUUGCUGGUUGUGAGCUAACAGAGGAAUCCUGUAAGGCUGUAGCCUCUGCUUUGCAGUCAUUGGUCUCUCUGACAGAACUGGACCUGAGUCACAAUGACCUGAAGGAGUCUGGAGUUCGGCUUCUCUCUAAAAGACUCAGUAGCCCUCACUGUAAACUGCAGACUUUAAGACUUGCUGGUUGUAAGCUAACAGAGGAAUCCUGUAAGGCUGUAGCCUCUGCUUUGCAGUCCUCCAUCUCCCUAAAGGAACUGGACCUGAGUGAUAAUGACCUGAAGGAUUCUGGAGUUCAGCUUCUCUCUACAGGAGCCAGUAGCCCUCACUGUAAACUGCAGACUUUAAGACUGUCUGGCUGUCUCAUCACACAUAAGGGCUGUUCUCUCUUGUCCUCUGCCCUCAAAUCAAACCCCUACCUGAAACAGCUGGAUCUGAGCUACAAUCACCCAGGAGACUCAGGUGUCAGAGAGCUCACAGACAGAUUGAAUGAUCCCAACUGUAAAUUAGAGACUUUCAGGUACGACCAUGGAGGAGAGUGCAGGAUUAAACCAGGACCAAGAAAAUAUGCCUGUGAGCUCACACUGGACCCAAACACAGCACACCCAGAUCUCUCUUUCUCUGAGGGGAACAGAAAGGUGACACGUGUGAGUGAGGUGCAGCCGUAUCCUGACCACCCAGAGAGAUUUGACCGCUGGGUUCAGGUGCUGUGUAGAGAGGGUCUGACUGGACGCUGCUACUGGGAGGCUGAGUGGAGUGGUGAUAAGGCUAAUAUAGCAGUGGCCUAUAAAAGCAUCCAGAGGAAAGGAGAGAGUGAUGACACUGACUUUGGACGUAAUGCCAAGUCCUGGAGACUGCACUGCUCUGAUGACAGUUACAUUGCCAGGCACAAUAAUAAGAGGACUGACAUACCUGCCCCCUCCUCCCGCUCCAGGAGAGUAGGAGUGUACCUGGACUGGCCAGCAGGCACUCUGUCCUUCUACAGCGUCUCCUCUGACACACUCACCCACCUGCACACACUCCACUCCACAUUCACUGAGCCCCUCUAUCCUGGGUUUUGUGUUUGGCCUGACUCCCCAGUGUCCCUGUGCCACAUCACAUGACCUCCUGAUCCUGCAGGAGAGGAGAGCCACACACUCCUGUUCAUACACUCCUGUGUGUGUGUGUUCCUUCUUGUGUGUAUGUGGUGUGAGAGUGGAUGGGUUUUCUAAGGGCUGGGAGUGUUAAUCAAGUUCACUCCUGUGUGUGUGUGUUCCUUCUGUGUUCCUGUAUAUUAUAUUUGAUAAUUAUUUUCAUUUUUUAUUUUCAGCAAGUUAGUUAGACAAGUAUCCAACCAGACCAAAAGUGUCAUACAGUAUAUCAGAUCGAACAUACUGACUUGAAUUUCUUACAAUGCCAUUUGAACUUGAACCCAGAAUGUAGUAUGUUAUUCGGGUUCAGAUGCAAAAGCCUCUAAAUCCGUCUGACCACUUUUCUUUUAAAUGAGCAUGUUGUAUCCUAUAGGGUUUCGCCUACAAAUCAAUAUUUCAGACCAGGAAGAGAAUGGUAUUUAGUGAGUUUUGAAGCUAAAUUAUUGAAUUAACUUACACUUUAUGUGAAGAGCAUUCACUCACCAUCAUUAUCUCAUUUUUGACAAAAAGUGGAUUUAGAGGAUUUUGCAUCUGAACUCUUCGUAUGUUAACUGAAGAUUUAAAAUUGGACAGGUUUUCUAAUCCACCGUUAUUUGAGUUUAGUUUGUUUCUGUAGAUACUUUUCACAUUCUUAUAUGCUGGAGAGUGAGAGAGAAGGAAGGGGAUUUGUUAUUUUGAAUAAUAAAUGAAAUAUGUAAUUGGUUAAAAUGUCUUUCGUUUGAUAUGUGUAUAUAAUAAAGGGGAACA